AAUACAGACAAUAAUAAAAAGCCAAAUUAUUAAUUUAUAGAAUUUAUUUACACGUAAAUUAAUGUAGUUUUCGUAUUCAAUUAAAGUUAAAAUUAAUAGUUAGUGAUUGUUAUAAUAUCGAUACAUUGAAUAUCGUGAGUUUUUUCCCAAAGCCCUAGUAGUAAAGUUAGGGAAAAUGAGUUGCGAAUCUCCGUCGUCAGCGAAAAAAUUCAAUUUGGAGCGGGCUUCAAACUUUAUGAGGCAAUUUCGGGACCCGGAUUCGAGGGAACUGAAGAAACUAUCCGCGAACCAGUUUAUGGAAGUCUGGAGUCACUACGACGGGGAUGGUAACGGCUACAUAGAGGGUACAGAGCUGGACGGAUUCCUAAGAGAAUUUGUGUCAAGUGCCAACUUCACGGACAUUAGCCCAGAUGCGGUGUCCGAUUCGAUGCUUGUGGAACUUAAGGCAUGCUUUAUGGAGGCCUACGAUGACAACCAAGACGGCAAGAUUGACAUUCGAGAGCUAGCUCAACUCCUGCCAAUGGAGGAAAAUUUUCUCCUUCUAUUUAGGUUUGACAAUCCGUUGGAAUCCAGUGUUGAAUUCAUGAAAAUUUGGAGGGAGUACGAUACAGACGGCAGCGGGUACAUUGAAGCUGAUGAAUUGAAGAAUUUCCUUCGCGAUUUACUAAAAGAAGCAAAGAAGAUUAAUGACGUAUCAGAAGAUAAGCUCAUCGAAUACACCGACACCAUGCUACAAGUGUUUGACUCGAACAAAGAUGGUCGGCUUCAACUUUCUGAGAUGGCGAAAUUGCUACCCGUGAAAGAGAAUUUCCUCUGCCGCCAAGUUUUCAAGGAGGGCAUUGAGGGUGCAACUAAGUUAACGAAGGACGAUAUUGAGAGAGUGUUUUCUCUUUAUGACAGAGAUAACAACGGCUCCAUAGAGAAUGAAGAACUCCGUGGUUUUCUGAAAGAUCUUCUAGAACUGGUAAAAAAAGAUUACGACGCGCAAGAUCUCCUUGAAUUUGAAGAAACCAUACUCCAGGGCGUUGAGUAUAGUAGCGAAGGCAAGAUCAGCAGAAAACAGCUAACGAUGAUCCUGUUAGCGCUCGCCAAACACAAUCAGGAAGAGGAAGCGUCCACUCCAUAAGACGAACAGACAACGACUGCCACUCCGUCCCAGUAGCAAAAAAUUAAAAUUCCUUGUCUCGGUUCACUACACGAACUCCAGUUAAGCCUAAUACUCACAAAGGGACAAAGGUCGCUAUUCACGUAUUGCUAGAGAAUGUCUUAGCUCUACAUCUUCUACUUCUUCGUCCAUAUUAUUUAGUAAUAUCCUUUAUGUCGCCCGAAGAGUUACUAAUGUCAGUCUUUCCGUUCAUUAUCUUCUUUACAUAGUCUUCGCUUAGAUCACUUAAACUAUGCAACAGAUUUUAAUGCAGUUUUCAGCAAUAGAUGGAGAAAGGAAGGUAUACAUGCAUGAUAACACACAAUAAAUAGCAUACA